GGCCUAUCCGUAAUCGAAUGGUCCGACGGCCAACGGGCUAUUGGCUUCACCUACGGUCCAAAGCCUCACUGCAAGGUAUACUUGGAAAUUGAAGUGGAGUCUUCCAACUCUACCGCUUUGUUCCAAAUUCGAACGCACUUGAGUCUCAAGCCACGCAAAUACAAAACGCCGUUGAACCUCGUAAUCCUGCCCGAGCUCGUGAAAAGCAUAAAGUACACUCCAACAAUGGAAAUUAGCCAAGAGGUUCUCGACAAGUUGAAAGUCAGACACGGACGAGAUAUGUCUUCGGAUGUCAUCGGCCUACAUUUCUCCCUCGCUCAACCACCCAUCAUGUUGGCUCCGAAAAGUACAACAUUUGAAGCCAAAACAACAAACUACGAGGAUGUUCUCGCCGAAUUACAAUCUCUAGCCCAGGCAAGAUCUUUCACAGCCUACAUUUCCGGCACCGAUUUGCCAUUAGAUCGCGCAUAUGACGUUAGCUGGAUGAUCGAAGAAGAGGCCGUCAAGUCACCGAAGGGCGCCCUGAGAAUCGACGACAUGUACAAAGGCGUGAGCAGUGAGGUCGUGACAUGGGAGCAGCUGUGUUCUCGGCCGCCGAUGUACGGCGCAGUUGGACCUGACAUUCCUCCAUCUGCAGAUGCUGACGCCUCGCGAACUGUGGCCGAGUCAUCGAAGAAGCGUCGCCUGGAUGAGUCUGCAGCGAAGCCUUUCGAUAUGGAGGAGCUCGCCAACAAAGUCCAGGACUUGCAGCUGUCGCACGACAACUUCCGUCAAGAGCACGACGACACGGUGAAAACAGUUCGAGAGGAGCGUGACCGCAUUGACAAGAAAGUAAAUGAGCUCCGAGACACCCAUGACGAACAGAUUUAUGAGCUGGAAUUGGACUUCGACCAGCUGCGGACGGAGACGGACAGGAAGCUCGAGGGAGACUACCAUUGGAUACAUGGCGAGAUGAAAGGUUUGGCCGAUCAGGCAGCGAGGUUACAGAUCGUCGUGGAUGGCUUACAAAGGACAGUGGAUGCAGUUCACGGGGCGUUAAACUCCGAAAGGGCGGAGUAGGUAGCGUGGUAUUCCCACAUUCACGACGGUCUAAUGAAGCAUUUCAUUACUCGAC